AUGAAAGAACCAUUGCUGAUAUAUUUCACUGGGCCAGCUGGGAGUGGUAAAACGUUUGUUAUAAAAGCACUCAUGGAGAUUUAUAACAGAUUUUCUGACACGGAUGGAAUUUUCAACGCGUACAUAGCCUGUGCUUCGACUGGAAAAGCUGCUUCAGCUAUAGGUGGAACAACGGUGCAUAAUGCUUUAAGCAUAUCACUAUCAAGGCUAUUACCACUAAACAUUGAAAAAGCUCAACAAUACAGAGCAUUAUUUCAGUUCAUUAAAGUUCUUAUUAUCGACGAAGUAAGCAUGGUUUCAGCAGAGUUAUUGGAACAAAUUGAUGCUCGUUUAAAGCAAAUAACUGGUUUAUUUACAAAAGCUUUUGGUGGAUUGGACGUAUUUCUUAUUGGAGAUUUGCGCAAAUUACCACCUGUAAAAGCCACGCCUAUCUUUAAGCAAAUAAAAAAAAAUUACUGGUGA